GUGUGCACGGCACUCGGUGAACACGGAACUGGUACUCCAUCUCUGCAGACACAAAAGGGAAGGUGAAACGCUGAAGACAUUAUCGUUUUGGACUGACUGGCGUUUGUGUUGUCAUUAACGAUGUUCCGCUUGCGGGCAUUGUCCGCAGUUUCGGUGGGGCUAACGCAGUUGACCCGCCGUUACAACAGUGGGGCUGUGCGAGGGUCUGGCCGGAGGAGGCUGAUGCUGGCUGCCCUGGCUGGGGUCACUGGUGUGUCUGCCAGUGCUGGACUGCUCUGGCAAAGAGCAUAUGCUGAGGCGGGGCCUUCCGUUCGACACUUUGAGCAAACAGCCGGAGAGGGGGUGGAUUUCGUGAAGGAUGCCGAUGCCGAGACGGAGUCGGAGAAAUCGGUGGAGGUCAGCAGCGGAGACGAAGAAAUAACUGAAGGCGGUGAGGAAAAAAAAAAGAAGCAACGCUCUGGAUUCCGUGACCGCAAGGUGAUGGAGUAUGAGAACAGGAUAAGAGCCUACUCAACCCCAGACAAAAUAUUUCGCUACUUUGCCACGCUGAAGGUCAUCGGCGAGCACGGUGAUGCUGAGGUUUACAUGACGCCGCAGGACUUCAUACGCUCCAUCACUCCUAACGAGAAGCAGCCUGAGAGUGAGUCUCCUCUCCUUCCUUCUACCUGCUUUGCUUAG